CAAACUGUUUUGUUGCCAUGUCCGUUCAGAUCGUAAUGAAAAGCUUCAUGGCAUGAGGAACUGCUAACUGGGUUACAUGCAGAGAUCGAGAGAGAGCGUGCGAGAGUGAGAGCGCAUCAGUAAUGACGGAGCAGAGCCGCUGUGCAGCAGGGACAGUGGAGACCAAGGGAUUGCAUGCCGCCACAGCAGCCAACAUGGGCACUGCACAUCGUGUACGUUCUGAGGUGGGGAGACGGGGAGUUGGGCGAGGGACCAGCGUUUGCCGCGUCUCACGCGAAGCUGACUAGUGCGUCUUCUCGGGAACGCCGAAGUUGUUGGAAGUUUUUGUUGCGCAAGUCACGCGGGGAGACAGCGAAGCGACGUUGGGAUGAUGCUAAUUUAGCGUUUAUGACGCGUGACUGAUACUCGUGGUUGGUAGUUGGUUACCCCUUUGCUGAGCCCGGAUUACACUUCCGCCGGUUAUUCCAUAUCCCUUCUGCAGAAAGUUGGCAUGGCCACAGAGAGAAGUGUGGGUUUAGCAACUAGGGCGGGUAAAUUCGUAAACGCAACCCAAUGGUUUUAUGGUUGUAAACCUCGCGGAAACAGGCGCGUGUUUGCAAAUCGGUAGUACGCAUGCACGGGGCUUCUCACCUACCAUGCCAUAUCGAGGUAACGCUUUCUCUCAAACUCUGGUUUCACGAAGUGCUUGUUUAAUUUAGUCGGCAAGAAUCGGUGUUUGUCGCACCAGGCUUUGUGAAUCUGACCGUGGCUUGUGUAAUUACGAAAAUGUCUGCACCGUCUUGGCAUCCGAGUCGUAGAAGAUGCCUUGAAACCAAUAGGGAAGGCGGGCCGGUUUAUUAUCCAAGUGGAUUAGCGCCAUGCUUGUUCCAUUGUCGGAUGAUUCAUUACAAGCACUUUCCGUUACUUACGGCUACCCAGUUCACAGCUCCGGUGGAAAGUUGGUGCGGCGGAAUCUGCGGAUAAAUAACAAUUUUCUUAUUUUUAUAAAUUAAUUUUUGAUGUGCGAUAGACAUGAACAGACACGUUUGAUCGUUACCCUGGCUGUGGACUUUUAGACACGAUUCCUCCCUCCUCCUUGCCCAAAAUAGGCACGUCUCCACAACAGCUUUUAUCAAGCUGUACAUCCCCACACUUUACCCAAAUUCUUGCUCUGCCGUGCACUCCGUGAGGUCCUUCUCUGACUACGUUCAGUCUGCAUGCAAUCUGGUUUAGAUGGCGUCCACCUUCUCUAGGCUUCGGAACUUGUAUCUAGAAGUUUUCGGUCAUUGUGAUAGUCUGCUUUACCUCCACUAACAGCUCUUAGAUGAAUUCUGCACCCUCUAUUACUCUUUCAAUACUCUUGCAUUCCCCUUUCCUACCGACAGAGAGGAAAAUGAGGUUUUACACUCUUCCACAUUCUACUCUGCGUUGGGUUGUGUUUCUUAAGUGUUAGUUUACGAGGCUAUCAUCUGUGAUUCUUCUCUGGGGAGUGAUUUCUGAUGUUCCAAGUUUCAGCGGUGGUUGACAUGGAGCAAAAAUCGCCGGUUAUUAGACCUUUUUCAUCCGUUUGUUGUUUGGGUAGUUUCUGACGGGAUUUGGAAGAGGCAGUAGGCAGUUCAUGGAUGCAUUUGCCGUGGAUAUGCACUGGUGCUUAGUUUGAGUUGGAGCAGGCAAGCCGACUGGGUGGUCAAAACCUCCAGCAGAGUAGUCGGUAGGCGGUUUUACGAGAUUCCGGAGCGCUUUCUCAAGUGUUGGAGGUUUCGCUCCAGCGACGCAUCUUCUGCAAAAGAUUUUUAGUUGAAAGGUGAUGAUCGGCGAAAUUGCUUGAAAGGCAGGAAUAAGUACAAUCAAAUGGCUUUCAAGCUCAAAAACUUGUUCGGAAGCGGAGGAAGCGGAAAUUCAACGCUUCGGGAUGAAGCUGAGCAGCAACGGUAUCUAGAACUGGAGAGAUUGCACGCCUCCACCAGGGCGGCAAAACACUUUCAGAGGGACGUUGUCAAAGCAGUCGAAGGAAUCAUUAGCACAGGAGCGAAGCAACUCGAGGUUACUACCAAGCUUGCCGAGGAUUGUCGAAAGUAUGGGUCCGAAGCUCCGAGCGGAAUUACCGAGGCUCUCUCCCGAGCGACGUUACAAUACAGUUCGGCAAGGAAUAGGAUGGACACUGAGCGCGACAACAUGCACCGAGCUCUGGCUGCUCAAGUGUCGGAGCCCCUGAAGACGAUGGUUGCAGGCUCGCCUUUGGUUGAUGCUCGGCAUCUGAAGCAAAAGUACGACCGUUUGCACGAAUCCGCAGAUGCUCAAGCUGCGGAAGUCAACAGGAGGAGAUCGAAAGAGGGUGGGGGCAAUUCAGACAAUGCUGCCAAGCUGCAAUCAGCUGAACAGAAGCUGGACCAAAUCACCGCAGCGAUGAACACAAUGGGCACUAGCGCCAUAUUCGCUAUGAACAAAGUCGAAUCGCAACAGCAAACCGUCACACUUCACAGGAUGCUCGCCAUGGUUGAAGCUGAGAGAGCUUAUUUUCAGACAGUCUGCAGUGUUCUGGACCAGCUUCACGCCGACAUUCAGUCCGAGGUAAGCAUGGCCCCGGCGGAAUCGAGCAGCGUGGCGACUGCCCCACCGACUCCUCCGCGUUCUUCCUCCGGCAACGGGAGGAGAGAGCCAUACGAAGAGGAUCCUCCAGAGAUUUUCCAACGCACAAAAAAUGUGGCCGAUGACGAUAAAGCCCCUGUAACCCCUGAAUUCCAGAGUUACAAAGCGAUUGUGACGAUGGAUCACGAUGGAGUUGACGAAGGGGAGUUGACAAUAUCGGUUGGCGACGAAGUCCUGGUGCGGCACGAGGACCCAUCUGGCUGGUCGGAGGGAGUCUGCAAUGGCAACGAGGGAUGGUUUCCUUCCUCCUACGUCGAGAGAAGGAAUCCUGAGAGGCGACGCCGGCGCCGACAAGCCUCGGGGAGCAGCAAUGGCUCUAGAUAACAGGAAAACACCGCAUCUGCUCAUCUCCACCGAUACCAUCCUCACGUGUCGGUAAACCUCGCCUUGCUUAUGCACAAUCUCCACCGGCACCCUGCCAAUGUGUCGGUAGGUUUCCCGCACUUGUGCACAUCUCCACCGACACAUUGCUCAUGUGUCGGUGGUUUUUUCCAUGUGCUUCGCUACAUCAGUCCUCUAUUCUACAGAGGGCAUUUUCAUGUGAGGUUAAGAGAAGUAUCUAGCGCUUCAGUCCAUACGUAAACAUAUACAUACACACACACUCAUUUCACGAAGGAAGAAAGUGGCGUUUUAUACUGUAAUAUGUGAAUUCAAUGAACUGAGUUCUGUGAUGAGUUUUAAAAACAUGGAGAGACUUCUGAAACAUUGAGGGUAAUAGAAAUGAGGCUCUUCCUUGUGUACCGACAAGAGAGAUUAUGCCAUCUAACUCAAAUUUUAUUCAUGUGGUUGGAA